AUGCCGAUGCCGAUCCGUCACAGCCCUACUCUGUCCUGCACAGGCACCAAGACGCCGGGAUGGACCACGACGAUGCUCAGUCCUGCACGGGCACCGGGACGCCGGGAUGGACCACGUCCAGUGCUCAUCAUGCCUUCAGCGGCUCGCUCGCAGCUGAAAUUUUUGCACCCGAAGACCAACCUAAUCAGCCAUGGCGCCAUCACGGCCACGCCCAAGUCGGCGCGUGCAGUAGCUGCUAGCGCUCGCCGUGUCCAUGGCAGGCUGCUCCUGCAGAGCUUCGUGGACUCGGCCGACAGCCGGCUCAGGCUGUCCCUCCAACUCGUCAGCGCCACCGUCGCCCGGAGCGAUGGGCGUGGCGUGAGAGGGGAGGCGGCGGUGCUGGACGUCGUCAUAGCGACCGGCGAGACAGAGCUCGACGUGGAGCUGCCGUGGGAAGACGAGGCCCUGGGCGUGCCCGGCGCGGUGCUCGUGACAAACCACUCCGACUUCCCCGUGUACCUGACGGUGCUGAGCCUGAGCUCGCCGGCCGUCCACUUCAUCUGCGACGGAUGGGUCCAUCCCGCCGGGAAGCACCCGUACCGCCUCUUCUUCACCAACGACGCGUACGUGAAGGAGAAGACGCCGGCGGCGCUGCUCAAGGACAGAGAAGACGAGCUCCGUGAGCUCCGGGGAGAAGGCGUGCCGGCCGACGAGCCGCUCCAGAAAUGGGACCGCGUCUACGACUACGCGGUGUACAAUGACCUGGGAAACCCGGACCUGCGCAAGGAUCUGGCACGCCCGGUGCUGGGAGGGUCCAAAGAGUACCCGUACCCUCGCCGCACCAGGACCAGCCGGCCUCCGACCAAGACAGAUCAUGAAAGCGAGGCUAGAGCACCAAUGGAGCAGGAGGAAGGGAUCUACGUCCCGUGUGACGAGUGGGUCGGCCCUGCUAUCUCGGCACCUAACCUUCCCAAACUAGGUGGACACUUCAAGUCCUUGGCGGAUAUCCACAGCCUCUUCGGACUCGUGAAUCCAGAGAAAUGGCGGACGGACGAAGAAUUCGCUAGGGAAAUGCUGGCAGGGACAAAUCCCGUGUCCAUCAAGCGUGUCACCGAGUUCCCACUCACCAGCGAGCUUGAGCUGGCUGUGUAUGGUGACCAAGAUAGCAGGAUAACCAAAGAGCACGUUGAGAAGAACAUGGGUAACAUGACUGCGCCGCAGGCUAUACAGGAGGGCAAGCUCUACGCUGUGGAUCACCACGACUGGGUGAUGCCGUACCUGAAGCGCAUCAACCAGCUGCCAGGCGCCGAGGAGAAGGCCGAGAUCUCCCAAAGGAAGGCGUACGCCGCUAGGACGCUUUUGCUGUUGCAAGACGACUGGACACUCAAGCCACUAGCGAUCGAGCUCAGCUCGCUGCACCCGGAGAAUGAGCGGCUCGGUGCCAUCAGCACGGUGUACUCUCCACCGGCGGCCAAAGCCGGUGACGGUACCUUCACGGCAUGGGAGCUCGCCAAGGCCCACGCCGCGGCGAACGACGCCAGCAAGAACAACUUUAUCUAUCACUGGCUGAACGCGCAUGCGUCGAUGGAGCCGGUGGUGAUCGCGGCGAACCGGCAGCUCAGCGUGCUGCACCCGAUCCACAAGCUACUCAAGCCGCACUUCCGCAAGACCCUGGAGACCAAUGCCACGGCGCGGCAGAUUAUCUUCGGCUCAGGCGACCGGCGAAAGGGCGGCGGCAUAUAUCGCGGCAUCCAUGAGGUCACCUUCUUCCCCAGCAAGUACGGCAUGGAGAUGUCCUCCAAGACGUACAGGACAUGGAACUUCACCGACCUUGCUCUCCCCAACGAACUCAUCAAGAGAGGUGUGGCGAGAGGCGAUCCGAAGAAGCCUGAAGAGCUGGAGCUGCUGAUAAAGGACUACCCGUACGCAGUGGACGGGCUGGAGAUCUGGACGGCCAUCAAGAAAUGGGUCACGGACUACUGCGCGAUAUACUACGGCGACGGCGACGGCGCCGUCGCACGCGACAGCGAGCUGCAGGAGUUUUGGAGGGAGGUGCGGCACGUGGGCCACGGCGACCUGAGCGACGCCCCGUGGUGGCCGGCGAUGGACUCCGUCGACGACCUCGUGGAGACCUGCGCCACCAUCAUCUGGCUCGGAUCGGCCUACCACUCGGCCGUCAGCUUCGGGCAGUACGCGUACAACGGCUUCGUCCCCAACCGCCCCACCAUCACCUCCGGGGAGAUGCCGGCCGACGCCGGUGCGGUGGUGACCGAGGCCGAGUUCCUCGGCAGCAUCACCCCGAAGAACGAGGCAUUCGGGCUCAUGGCGUUCACCAUGAGCCCGCCCGUGAAUCCGGGAGAGCCGCUCAUGGGAGAGCGGCCCGACACGGCGCGGUGGACGAGCGAGCAGCGGGCGGCCAAGGCGCUGCUGGAGUUCCGGGCGGAGCUGGAGGCUGUCGCGGAGGCCAUCGCACAGAGGAACGCCGACGGGAUGCUGAGGAACCGGGGCGGGCCCGUGGAGGUGCCGUACACGCUGCUGACGCCGACGGCGGAUCCUCUGUCACCACACAUCGCCGGAAUUCCCAACAGCAUCGCCGUUUGA